CCUCAAUCCUCAUCUUUCUAUAUAUACAUAUACAUGUGUGUGUGAGUGUGUAAAUUGCCUUCAUCAAUAUCUUUAUUGCAGUGCCCCUCCAAUGGCUACCCUUGGCAGCAUUCUUCUGGUCCUCCUUUCGGCUACAUUGCUCGUGGCCACGCACGUUGACUCCCUUGUCGACAGUGGCAACAACAACUACUUGGCUACCACUGCUCGUGCUGACGCCCCACCCUAUGGCAUUGACUACCCGACUCGUAGGGCGACAGGGCGCUUCUCCAAUGGCCUUAACAUCCCAGAUCUGAUCAGUGAGAGCAUUGGUGGGAGCGAAUCACCUCUGCCGUACUUGAGCCCGGCGCUCAACGGUCCAAGACUGCUGGUCGGCGCCAACUUUGCUUCCGCUGGGGUCGGAAUUCUCAACGACACCGGAGUUCAGUUUGUGAACAUAAUCAGAAUAGGGCAACAACUGCAGUAUUUCGAGCAGUAUCAGCAAAGAGUGAGUGGUCUAAUAGGAGCCGAGGAGGCACAAAGGCUGGUGAAUCAAGCACUGGUUCUCAUCACUCUCGGCGGCAAUGACUUUGUCAACAACUACUAUUUGGUGCCCUUCUCUGCCAGAUCUCGCCAGUUUGCUCUUCCUGACUACGUCCCCUUUCUCAUCUCCGAGUACCGCAAUAUUUUGCUGAGACUUUAUCAACUGGGAGCUCGGAGAGUACUGGUGACAGGAACAGGGCCGCUAGGGUGCGUACCAGCAGAAUUAGCCAUGCGGGGCAGAAACGGCCAAUGCUCGACUGAACUCCAGCAAGCUGCUGCCCUUUUUAACCCACAACUCACACAGAUGCUGCUCGCCCUCAACGAGCAGUUGGGUGACAACGUCUUCAUUGCAGCUAAUACACAACUAACGCAUUAUGAUUUCAUCAGCAACCCUCAAGCAUUCGGAUUUGUGACGUCGAAGGUAGCAUGCUGCGGACAAGGACCUUUCAAUGGCCUGGGACUGUGCACACAGCUCUCCAACUUGUGCCCCAACAGAGACGUUUACGCCUUCUGGGAUCCAUUCCAUCCAUCUGAAAGGGCCAACAGACUCAUUGUUCAGCAAAUCAUGACUGGCUCCAUAGAGUACAUGAACCCCAUGAAUCUCAGCACCAUUCUGGCCUUGGAUUCUCGGACAUAACAAACAUCCUUAAUUUCAUCUACCUCAUGCAAUGAUUUUGGUUGAUCUCAAGAUUAAGCUAAGCUAGCCAUUGGAUAAUUAAGGUUCAUAUGCUUGUGUGUGUGUGUUCUUUAAGAGUUUAAGUUUGUAGAGUUUUGUUGAAUGGUUAAUGUACUAAUGAAUUAUGAAAUGAUGAUACAUUGUUUACCAGAGUUAUUGUUUCCGAGGAACACGUUGAAGAGUUUGUGAUGUAUUCAUUAUUGUUGAAAUAAUAUGGUCAAUUAAAUUUUAGCUA